AUGAGUAUGGAGGGGGUCGGGACUAAUAAGACCCCGACGAAUUACAACAAAAAACUCCGCAAAAGCCAACGACAGUAUCUAGCGGCGAUCAGCUGCAAAAAAGCUCCACUCUAUCCCAGAGCUUCAGCGAGUUCGUCAACGGCAGUUCCACCCUCAAUCGAUGCGUCUGACAGCCGCUGUGUUGCCGUCGCCUUGAACCGAGUCAUGUCCAUUCCAUUACCACUUGAUAUCCCCCUCUCGCUCGCUGGUCCGGCACUUGCGACUACGCUCGCCUACCUGAACGCAAAGUACUCGCUUUUUUAUGAUAAGAAGAUCUUCCAUGGACUCUUUAAAUCCAUUAUCAAGUCGCGACUCGCGCAGCGCCGGGACCGUCUGAACCUUUUCUAUGUCUUGGAGAACUAUGCUCUCGACCCGGCGUCGAAAGACCGGCCGUUCAUUGUCUACAAUGGCCGCAGCUGGACUUUCCACGAGACGUAUACCGUAGCAUUGCGAUAUGGCACCUGGUUCAAGAAAGUCCACGGCAUCAAACCCCGUGAAAUCGUCGCCCUGGAUAUGAUGAACUCUUCCACUUUCAUUUUUAUCUGGCUAGGUCUCUGGAGUAUCGGAGCGGUACCUGCUUUCAUCAACUAUAAUCUCACCGGGAAACCGUUGACGCAUUCGAUCCGCACCUCGACUGCGCGGCUGUUGAUUGUCGAUGAGGAGGUCCGCUCCUCUUUUGGUCCGGACGAGCUGGCGGCCUUUGCGUCGCCUGAUUUCAGGGAAGACGGGGGCCCCAUUGAGGUCAUCUUUCACACACCCGAGAUUGAAGCGCAGGUCCUGCAAACAGAGGCUGUAAGGGAGGACGAUAAGGCACGAGGCGGGCUUCAGCUUCGGGAUAUGGCUGUUCUGAUUUAUACCAGCGGUACCACUGGGCUUCCGAAGCCAGCCAUCGUCAGCUGGAGAAAGUCGUGGGCGGGAAGCACCUUUGUCAGCCACUUUGUUGAGUUGGCCAAAAACGACCGUGUUUUUACUUGCAUGCCGCUUUACCAUUCAUCAGCUGCCAUUCUGGCAUUUUUAGCUUGCACGGCAGCCGGGUCUACGCUGAUCAUCGGCCGCAAGUUCUCCGCGAGAAACUUCAUAAAGGAAGCGCGCGAGAACGACGCCACGGUCAUCCAGUACGUGGGUGAGACCUUGCGAUAUCUGCUCGCCACCCCCGGUGAAACCGAUCCAGUUACUGGCGAAGACCUGGACAAAAAGCACAAUAUUCGAGCAGUAUACGGCAACGGGCUACGGCCGGAUAUCUGGAACCGCUUCAAGGAGCGCUUCAACGUGCCGACGGUUGCCGAAUUUUAUGCUGCAACCGAGAGCCCAGGCGGAACAUGGAACUAUUCAACAAAUGACUUCACUGCCGGAGCCAUUGGACGCACUGGCGUGCUUAGUGGAUGGCUUCUUGGACGCGGCCUUACUAUUGUCGAGGUGGACCAGGAAUCACAGGAACCAUGGCGCGAUCCCCAAACCGGGUUCUGCAAGCCGGUCCCGCGAGGCGAAGCAGGCGAGCUCCUGUAUGCCAUUGAUCCGGCCGACCCGGGCGAGACCUUCCAGGGCUACUACCGCAACUCGAAAGCGAGUGACAGCAAGGUGGUUCGCGACGUUCUGCGUAAAGGCGAUGCUUAUUUCCGAACGGGCGACAUGAUGCGAUGGGAUACCGAAGGCCGCUGGUACUUCUCUGACCGUCUAGGCGACACCUUCCGGUGGAAGAGCGAGAACGUGUCGACAAGCGAAGUGGCAGAGGUGCUGGGGACUCACCCAGAAGUGCACGAGGCCAACGUGUACGGUGUGCUGUUGCCUAACCACGAUGGCCGCGCGGGAUGCGCGGCCGUCGUGUUUAAUCAACAAAUCAAGGCAGCCGACCAGUCGGUGCUCCUUGAACCCUCUACAGAAACACUCAAGAGUGUUGCUGCGCACGUCCUGCGCAACCUACCCCGAUUUGCGGCGCCGCUCUUCUUGCGCGUCACGCCCGAAAUGCAGGCCACCGGAAAUUUCAAGCAGCAGAAGCACGUGUUACGGACUGAGGGCGUCGACCCCAGCCGUGUUGGGGGUAGAGACAAGCUGUACUGGCUUCAGGGCGACACGUACCUCCCGUUUGGGCCAGAGGAAUGGAGUAGGCUUCAGGCCGGGCAGGUGAAGCUGUAG